CCGCCGCCGCCGCCGCCGCCGCACGGGUUCCGGCUCGGCCUCCAGAACGCAGUCCUGUGGCGGCGCCGCUGGCGUCUCUGCCGCAGGACCCCACGGUUUCGCGCGUCGUUGGCUUCUUGGUCCUAGCAAGUUUCGAUUUCGCGGCGCCUGGGAUUUCCAGCCCCUGUCCAAGUAGGGGAAUAGCCAAAAUGUGAUUUCUCAGCCCAGGCAAGUCCUGACUUCAGACAAACACCGGUCUAGCCCUGGCUGCGAUAUCUAGGCCGUAGGAAGUCACCGUUUCCCCAUGCGAAGGCGAAGUCACUCUGUGACUCAUUUGUCAGCAGCUCCGGGUUUCCAGUAGCCUCGGAUUUCUAAUCAUAACAACCAUGGGGUCAGCCUAGCCUCAAGUUUCGUAGUCCUAGCAAGUUCCGGUUUCCUCCUGGUAAGACUUGCUUUAGCUGCGCAAGAAAUGUUUAACUCCUGUGGAAACAUGGGUACCAGCGAAUGCGUUGUUUUUUGUUUUUUGUUUUUUGUUUUUUGUUUUUUAAGGUUUAGUGAUGACCAGUUUAGCAGUGUCGGGAGCUCUUAUACCAAGUUUGGUUUCUCAAUAUCGAGUCCCGUCUUAGCUAUGCUUGUGUGUUUUAAAAGUCCCGUGGAAGUCAGGAAAUGCCGGCGAACGCGAUUUCUCAGUUUUACCAAGCUCCCUUUGACAAUAGCAAGUCCGGCCCAUCGAGACUUUUUCCUCCUGUAGACCAAAUCGGGAUAUAGCAGCUACUGCGAUUUUUUAGACGUAGCUAAACACGUUUAACCGUGGCCGUUUUUGUUUGUUUGUCGUAGGAAAUUAUGACAGGAGCAACCUGCAGGGGUUUAGAUCUGACAGAAAUAUUUUAAUGGUAGGCAUUGCAUCGCUUAGCCAUAUUUGACAUUUCUUCUUUGUAGGGUUGGUUCUCUGUAAUUUUUGCUUAUCUUAAAAUUAUUUUUGUGUCUUGCUCUGAGCACAACGUUACCGAUGUGUUUUUCAGUUUUACUUGCAUUUCAGACUUUCAUUAUUUCACAUUUUUAUUUUUAUUUCAACGUUAUGUAUUUUUGUUCUACUAAUUUUGAGCGUCUCAGAUUCGUGCUUUUUGACUUUCAUUCUCUCAGGAGCCGGGGAGCCGAGCUCGGUCUUUGCCUCGCUGGUAUCAGGUUCCGGGUGCUGUCUGGCGGCUCCGCUUCCUACGCGGAGCUGGCGGUUUUGUAUCAGCACGUUUGCCAGUAGCGCCCACUGGGCGUUUUCUCAGUUGCUGCACCCGACGUGACAUUUCCCGUUCGCGGGGCCCUUACGUUCUCCGUGCUGUCACUUUCUCGGUCCUACAACCGCUAGUAUCUCCUAGGAACUUCCUGAACCCCGUUUUGCGGUGCAGAACGGUGAUUGCACCGAGCCGCUGUUGCCACUAGUAAUUCUGUGGUACCAUUAGCCGGCGCUUUUUCUGUCACAACCCAUUAAAACGGGUUAAAACAUAUUAAACCUAUCAAACACAUUGAACGGAUUAAAACACGUUAAAAUGCCACAACAGGUUUUUCUGGUACAGCACAUUGAAACGGAGUUGGUUCAUUCCUCCAAACACGUUGCUUAGGUGUGGAAGCACCGCUCUUUUCUAAGAGCGCGCGGUUUCUCUUUAGCAGCACCCGGUAUGCCGCCGAAACGGGUAUUCGUUUGGCAAUACCAGCGCUAUCCGCUAGGUGCCGGCGCUUGCUAAGUCCAACGCGCCGGUUUCUCGUUCGCAAGGUGGUUAGCGCGGAGCCCUAGCGGGACAGUUUUCCGGUGGCAGCAACGCUCAUUUCCCGGAAACGGGUGGUUCUUGGCCCUUGCAGCGCUCUUUAAUACCUGCGUUCUGUAGCGCUAGUUGUCUGCAAGGUUUGCUUAGUGUCAUUUCAUUUCGGUUUCUUUUCUCGCUAUGUUUUUCUGUCGGGAUUACGGUUCGUUUUGGCUCUAUGUACUCUCUAAAAUGUUAUCGUUUUUCAUUUGUCUACUAAUUUUCGUGCAUUUGUUACUACUGAGUUUCUUAACAUCUGACUGGCCUCCGCCCACGGGCUCUGGAGAGCAUAAAUACUCAGGCUGAUGUUAGUGCGGCAGACUCUCCCUCCUUGAUCAGCGCAAACGUUGGUCUGAGGCUUAAGCGAUGGAGCAACAUUUUCUUGGCUGUGUGAAGCGGGCUUGGGAUGCCGCAGAGGUGGCGCCGGAGCCCCAGCCUCCACCUACUGUGAGUUCAGAAGAUCGUGGGCCGUGGCCUCUUCCUUUGUAUCCAGUACUGGGAGAGUACUCAUCGGACAGCUGUGAUUUGGGACUGCUUUCCAGUCCUUGCUGGCGGCUGCCCGGAGUCUACUGGCAAAACGGACUCUUGCCUGGAGUCCAGAGCACCUUGGAACCAAGUACAGCGAAGCCCACUGAGUUCAGUUGGCCGGGGACGCAGAAGCAGCAAGAGGCACCCGUAGAAGAGGUGGGGCAGGCAGAGGAACCCGACAGACUCAAGCUCCAGCAGCUUCCCUGGUGCAGGCCUCCCCAUCCCGGGGACAGACAGCAGGACACCGAGGUCUGUGACAGCGAGUGCCUUUUGGAACGCCGCCAUCCUCCUGCCCUCCGUCUGCGGCGCCACCUCCCGGGUUUCUCAGACUGCCUGGAGUGGAUUCUUCGCGUUGGUUUUGCCGCGUUCUCUCUACUCCGGGCGUGCUGCCCACGGAUCUGUGGAGCUAAGCAGCCUUAGAUAGCAGCAGAAGGCUUUUUGGAUUCUCCUCCUUGAAAAGAUUCUCAGCUACCAAACGUCUCCACCUAGAAAAUAAAAAUACGUUAAGAUGUGCUUUCA